CAAAAAAAUCAACUAGGGCAUGUGUUUGAUUAACAAAGUAGUAAUAUGUUUACAUUACAUGAAGAAAUCAUUUUUAUGCUCAUUAAAUGAUUCAUUCUUUUUUGUUGAAUAUAAAUCAAAGAAAACUUCGAUGAGUUAAAUUCGUUCAUGGCAAUCCAAUGAGAAUGAGGUCCAUCAAACCAACGGCUCUGAUAGUGUCAUGUAUUGCGCAUGCUCCACGCCCACCGGAUGCGGAAAGGUCCGUUGAGAAGUUAACGAGCGCGCGUGGAGUUACUUCUUUGGCAUACCUGAUAGUGAGGUCAACAUGAUGGCCCAGCCCAUAAGACUGAGGAUCAUUCUCGGAGAAGAUGAUGCCAGGAAACUAAUUUUACCAGCUGGGAUAUCAGACUCCAUUGAGGAAUUGUGUCAGGAAGUAAAGACAAAUUUUGGAGUGCAACAGGAUUUUCGUCUUCAAUAUCAAGAUCCUGAUUUCGGAAAUGAGUUCGUAAAUCUGACUGCGAUCUCUGAAAUUAAUGAUAAAGCAACUUUAAAGGUUGUAUACUUGGAUAGUGUGCAGUUGCAAAGUUUUACAGAAGAUGAGGGAGUGACGUGUCAACCAGUGCGAAGUCCAACACAUUCCUUUUCAAGCUCUUCAGCAGACACAGACAAUACAAGGCCCAUUUCAUCGUCAGGUUCAUCACCGUCUACAAGACUGUCAGUGUGGCCAAGUGUCUUCACAGUCCUUCGUUUCAGGUAUGAGGCUGAACUGCAACUUGAAAAGGCCAAUGCUGAGUUCAUUGCUGGUGGAACUCAUUUGACCCCCUCACCAAAACUGAAAUCCCACCUUUUAGAAAGGCUGGCUGAAGAAAUAAUAAAAUUUAAAGUCUAUCCAACUGACAAUGACCUGAAUGAAGUUGCAGAAGCCCUUGUCAAACAGCAUCCUUGUCUGAGGGAGCAGGGAUCCUUCAAUGGCUGUUAUGGUUGGAAAAUUAGCCUCAAGUAUAAAAUGGCCAAUGUCCGGACCAAACUGAGAGGCCUAGGCUGUGCUGAGGUGUUGGUAAAUUCACUAAAGAACAAGGCCCAAGACAAAAGUCAGGCAGCAUUGAAUGUGAAAAAGCCUAGAAGAGCAGAAGUCAAUUACUGUCCGCAGUAUCCAAAAGGAGAAACUACUGACAGCCUGGAAAAAGAGAGAAUUGCACUGCUUUCAGAGGUUCAGAAGAGAAACAAUGACAAUAUAGUGACAAUGAAAAUGCAGAAGACUUUUUCGUACAGAAGGCAAGAAGUUAUUCAAGGACAGCCCUUCAUUGCAGAUUUUAAAAGCAGAUGGCCAGCUCUGUUCACCGAGAAAGAGAUUGACAAGGAAUUCCUGCGCAUAUCGACAGUACCGCUGCUAUCUAGAUUCUUUUAUGAGCUAGACUUGUACACUCCACGCAUGAUGGAGCUCUUUCGAGGCAAAGGUGGGGUGGCUGGCAGAAAAAUGAGACACAUCAUGGUGGCCAUCUCCAAGGAUGACACAAUACAUACAAGGCGAGCAUGCAUCCUGAAGUCCUUGUGUGUCUACCUGAAUGAAGACCAUGAGAAACUUGUGAAGGAAUAUACGAACACUGAGGCCAACACUGAAGCCAUGGAACAAACUGUGAUGGGAGUGUAUGUCAUACAUCAGGAGGGUGCGGAGCCUGGAGAUGACCCAGAGAACAUCGGUGUCCUGAUUGAAGGCGUUGAGGUUCUCACUGGUUUGAGGAGCAUUGCAAUUGCUUGUGCUCUGUUAUUUGGACUGAUAUACUGUCUGAACCUAAGCUACCCACCGGAGCUCAAAUGCACUUUUGAAGUCUUGCAAAAGAUUAUCAUGAAGCUGGAUGGGCAGAGGUUGUCAUCCAAGGCACAGUUCCUAAAAAACAAGCUAAUGGGGUGAAUGAGUUUGAAACAGACUCAGGCAAGCCAGAUAUUUUUUUCAAGGUUUCUGCAAUGCAAAUAUGUGUUUACCGUUUUAAAGUUUAAAAUUGUAAGUUAUAAAAUGUUCAUAUAAACUAUGUGGUUUGCUCUGUGGCUAUUAGACAAAGAUUGUUCGUUCAUAACUUAAAGUCUUAUACACUUGAAGUGUAAACACUGAUUUUUGCCAGAUGGGCAAUUGUAACAAAGGCAAAUGCACACUGGUUUUCGCAAAUUGUUUGAGUGGAGCAGUUAUACUCAAAAUUGAAUGUUUUCUCCACACGUUAAAUAGCAUAAAGUCACUAUUAAUGGAUACAGCCUGAUUAAAUGGAGUACUAAUGUAUGCAAGCAACAUAGUAAUGUUGUAAUGUUAUAGUAAUGUUGAAUGUUAUGUCUGAGCUUUAAAUUGUGUUAAAAUUCAUAUUGUUGUUUGCAAUGCAUAUUUUACUACAUUUUACGAAAGUUGCUUUGGGGAUAAUAUUUUUUGUCUGCAAACUAUUCAACAGACUUAUUUCAUUUUUAUUAUUAGGGUUAGGGUUAUUUUAUUGUAUUUUUUUGUUUCAGUCAGCAUGUCUUGAUCUGGAAGUUCUGUGGUCUUAGUAUGAGAUGGUU